UCUGUACAUGUCACCCGUGCAGACGGAAUGCCUAAAUCUGGAUUAUUACAUCCCACAGAACCAAGAAAACGAAAACACAAAAAGAUUUUCUGACCAACGCUGGGAGAGAAUCCACAUGGCUCGCUCAGUGAUUGGUAUGUACAUCGUAGGAUUCUUCUUCAUCUUCAUCUCUUUCUUCACCGGUGUCGCUGGAUGUUGGAAACGCUCCAAAGGAAACAUAUUGGCCACUGGCCUAUUGCAGAUGUUGGCCGCUCUUGUAGAUGCGGGGGCGAUGGGCUUGUGGCAUGGAGUUCACUACUACGAUUAUCAGAAGCUCACUGACGAAAUGUCCUACUACAACUGGCCUGAUGUCCUGAAGUUGAAUGGCAUAACUCAAUUUUACUAUGGGUGGUCCUACAUCCUCGCUUGGAUUGGUGUUGGCAUGUGCCUACUGACUUCCAUCUUGUUCCUUGGAGCUGCCUGUUGCGUCGUCCACGAAAAGAAAGCGGAACAAGCCAAGAACAUGCAGUACCUCAUGCCUGUCUACCCAGACAAAAGGCAGCCUUACGGAUAUGGGUAUGCCUAUCCAGGGCCUUAUUACACACACGGAUCGCAAUAUGGUGGACCUUACAGCUAUUAAUGUGCCUUACUAGAGGCUGUGCCAAUCGUGGACCAAACCUCACUCUCCUUUUACGAUGAAUGGAAAGCGUUCCACAAAAGUUGCGAGAGCAUCUGCUUUUUAAUGAACAGAAAAGUUGCUUUCAGGGAUACCGUGAAUUUAUUUUGUGUUGUGCAUGAGAGAUUUUAUUACAUUACAACAUCUUUUUUUUAAAAACAAAAUCGGGUUUUUCUACUCAAGUGACUUAACGCAAAGAAUUUUCCACAAAACAGGAAAUUACCAUCAGGUUAUACAAAAGCAUGUGUGAGCAUGCCAAAAGUCAUUGAUACAGGUAAGACUAACAGAGGGUUAUGGUACUAUCAAGACUUUUACUUCAGGUUUGGGUACGUUUUCAUACGUAUCGCAAAUGCCUCUGGUUUUAAGCAGGUGAAAAGCAACUCUUGCUACAACACAGCCAAAUGAUAUUGUGUUUCAAUUUGACUUUUAAGACUUUGAAGUUCGUUUUCCUUGUGUAUAACAAGGACAGACCUGUUAAUAUAAAUUAUUUUAAAGUUGUCAGAAGAUCCGUCCUUGCUUUAGUGUGAGAUCCUUUGAAAAAUUUUGAAUGUGUAUUUUAGCAUUAGUAAUAAGGUCAUCUAUGUUUUCAUUAUAAUAAUUCAAAUAUUAUAUUUUCACUGUUUUAUAAAAAAAAAAAAAAAUAUGCAAGAGUAAUUUAUAUAUAUAUUUAAAAUUUAGCAUGGUAAGCUAUCAGUGCAUAGUUUCAAUCAUUCCUUUUCAUUGAAGACUGAAAUUUUUAGCUUUUCAAUAUUUUUUGAAAGAACAAAGUUUGAAAAUAUUUCUUUACAUUUUUAAGUUAUUUAGUGUUUGAUGAAUGUAAAUAAUUAGCAUUUUAUGUAAAUACAUUUUUCAGUUUUUAUGCUAGUGAUCAGCCCAAUCAUCCUCAACAUUUUUGGAUUUUCUAAAUGAGUUUCAUUUCAAAUUUCGCUCUUUAAGUUGUAAAAUAACUCAUCUUGAUGAUAUAAUUACUUAAGUUUAUUAAAAAUAUAAAUAUAAAACGGUACCUUUUCGAAAAAGAAAACAAAAACGACAGAAGAAAAAAUACUUUCGAUGUAUGCAACUUAAAUUUUAACUUCUACCGUACAUUUCAAUAAUUGUAUUUAAUAUUUUACUCUAAAUGGUUAUGCGUUUAUUUAAUGUGAAAAAAGUAAAUAGUGUAUGUCCAAAAUGUUGCUUUUAUUUUUGUAUGUGUCUUUAAUUUAUCCUUUUACAAUCAUUGUUUUAGAUACUUCUUUUGUGUUUCUUUUUCAAUAAAAUAUAUUUAGAAACAUA